AUGGACGUUUCCAUCACUCGCCAAAUGAUAAUGGACCAAGCACAUCACAAGGAAAUCAUCGCAGCAAUGGCAGCAUUGGGAGAAGAGUUCUCGAUGAGGGCCGCAACCAGAGACGGAGAACCGGAUAACGAGGCCUACGAAAAGUGGUCCAAGCAACAGAUUGCAAAGACCCAAUUCCAAGCACUAGAACAAGCACUCACGGCCACCUACGUCGGACUACAACAAGGAAUGGAGACGCCAAACCAACAACUGGCAAAGCUCAACAUGAUCCGAUACGAAGGAGGCACGAUGAUGUACGACAGCGUGGCUACUUUAUUUGGCAGAAUUGCCACGAUUCUAAACGGGUUCAACCACGAGAAUCCCCCGCCAACCAACCUAUCAGACUUGGCAGGAGUCGCGUUCCAAGCCUUCACGCAAGAAAUCAAGGACGUUGUGGCUGAACACCUAGAAACGGGAGCGGCAGGACCACUACUUAUGGACUACCCCAGCAACCUGUCUCGAAUGCACCGCCUACGCGAACGAGCUGAGAAGGAGGAGAAGCGCAUCAAGCAAAUUGUGGGAAUUGCAAACAGCGCGGGACGAAUCAGACCGAACAGAAGCUACGUUCCAGGACGAUCUGCACCACCAAGACCAGGCGGAAGAGCCUUUGCAGGAUUCCACCAACCGGAAUUCCAAGGAUCUAAGGGAUUCCAAGGAUACCAAGGAUUCCAAGAUGAUCGCUCCUUCCAAGCUCCAGAGAUAGAGACUGCGGGAACCUUCCUCACCACAAUGACGACCCCUACAACUAUGGCGGCAAAACAAAACGUUCGGGUCACCGACGGCCAAGGAAGACAAUUAGUGGUCCCGACAUCCGACAGCAAACUAUACUGCCCGGAAGCGGUUGUCAACAUGCUGUCGUGCAUGAGUAUGAUUGAGGAACUCCAACAACAGCAAGAAGAAGAAAAUGGGUGGACGAUGCUCAGCCAAGCGGAAGAAGCACUACAAAAGGCAAGCGGCAAGCCAUACCCAAUCCACUGUUGGGGAUGCAACGAGGAAGGCCACAACUUCCGAGACUGCCCACACAAAGAGGACCCCCAAGUCCUAAAACGUUUCUAUGAAAAACUGGACCAGUGGAAGCAACGAAAGAACGAAGAACGCAAUCGAAAUAGAAAUAAUAAUUCCCAUUAUAGACGAGGAGGAUAUAUGACCCAAGCAAUCUGCGAUACAGUUCGAGCCAUCGAGGAUCCACAGACAGAAUCGGGAGAGAGGACAAACCUGUUGGUGAAUCUCGUCGAAGCGGUCACGGCACACACUUCCACAGCUGCAUCAAGGAAAAGACCAAAGCGGCAGUCAACCCAGCCGGCACUAUCAUUCGUCACCUUUGGAAGCUUCGCGGCCAUGGAACAAGCCCACCAGCUGAACUUCUCGGUCAAUGACAUGCUGGCAUUCUUGAACUUUCCCAUCGGACUCAACGAAUCCAACGCAGCCAAUUUGAAAGGACUCUACGACACCGGAGGAUGCUGCAACAUGGGGAAGAAAGAAUACCACCUGGCCAUCGCAAAACAACAUCCACACCUCGUCAAACAGAUCUUCGACCUACAGAAGAUCCGCUACGCUCCAAUCAAGAUCGGGGGAAUCAAAGACAGUGUGGAAAUUGACGUCAUCAUCGAGUACUUCAUUCCUUUUGAAAACGGACAGGGAGAGAAUCACACUUUGAUGAUAGGACUGACGGACGACCUUCCGAUCAACACGCUUUAUGGAUUACCAUUCAUCCUCAAAGCCAAGCUGGUAGCCCAGUUCUACAGGAAUGCGGUCAUUUCCAACUUCUUCAACCAGGAAUUUGACCUCACAUUGGAAUGCCCGAGACUUCUCCCAACGGAACACGUGGAACGGAACCAAUCAUCGGAUCGCAAAGUAUUCUCUGUCAGGUUUGACACCACAGACGAGAACCUUUGA